AGAUGGGAGCGCGGGUUAGUAUGAAACUCGCUAGUAGCUGGAUGCCUAGUGCCAAAACAUGGAUAUACCUACCAGACCGAGGAUGAGGAUGCGAAUCUCCUUCUUCGUCCAGAGGAAGGACCACAUACGAGACAAGGAGCCUCCCAUGUUGACAACUCUUAACAGCGACAGGAGCAGAGUAACACUGGGACAGAGGGGGGGCCGCGGAGUUGGACAAGAGAAUGACGGACUAGCGAGAGAUAUUGCGGAGGGAGGGUCGGGCGUCGAGCGGUGGCGGAGAGGAUGCGGCGAACACGAAAAGGACUCGCUCCAAACUGAGGGCACCAGCUAAGGGGAUGCGAGGAGGUGUAGCAGGUCAACGAAGAGUCGAUUUAACGGAACUGAAUAAAACACAGCUUGACACGAGACAAGGCCACGAUCAAGAGCUGACUAAAUGGCAUGGAGGGAUGGUUGGUGGCCAUCAUUGGCCCGCGGUCUCCUGCCGAUCGGCCUGGCCCAAGCUCAAAUCAACUAAGGAUGGCUUGGAUGGGGAUGCGGUUCACUACCGCUCGCUCUCCGGUGUUGGUUUCCCAUCAUUCAAUUGUCGUCGGAUUCCUACCUUUCCUUCCCUCCCUCCCCAGCCACGAUACCUUUCGCUCCAUCAUCCCUCUUCACCUCUUCCCCACGCGCCACCUCACCGUUGGGAUGCACCUGAUCUGAAUCCGAAUCUACUCCUUCCGACAUCCUUCGCGAUCCGCUCGCGAUUUGACCCGGUCAACUUUCUCACUCACACCCUACUCAGAGAUUACCGGCUGCCGGUCUAGCAACACAUCAUGGUCGGCAAGAAGUCGGGAAAGGCUCUCCUUCGGGAUGAAGGUACGUGUUCAGCGGUCCAAUAAGCGAUUAUGCCUUC